GUGAUUCUAUAUCCCACAUGAUAAUAUAGUUGUGCUAUGAUAUACUUUGGCCUGCUUUAUAAUCUGCACAAAGUAAUAUACGAAAUGAAGAAAUCAUGUUAGGUGUUGCAGAAGUCACACAGCCCUAUGCAUGCAGAGUUGACAGUAAUAAUCAAUCGAACGACCGAUACUCUACUGACGUAUAUCGAGAACAUGCAACGUAUGACAGUUGAAAAAGUUAACAUGCACUCUGCGAAAAACAAAACUGAGAAGGCAAUAGACUCGACAUGGGUAGUGGCACAGAAUAAGGGCUUUACGCGAUGGGUUAAUGAACAAAUCAAAUCGCGCAUUAUGGCGGUGGAUAGUGCAGAGGGUAUUGAGGGCGCCUUUGCCGACGGAAUCAGACUACCAGCACUUAUUGAAGAGCUCAAGGGUGGAAAGACCAUAUUCAAAGUAAAUGCGAAAAAAAUCAGGAAUAGGUUCCAGGUGAUGGCAUCGCUCAAUGCUGUACUGGACCAUCUGCAUAGAGUCGAAGGAAUGUCCUUGAUCAACAUUAGUGCUGAAGAUAUCUAUGGAAGGUCCACCAAACUAUCGCUAGGGCUUGUUUGGACGCUCAUCAGGCACUUCCACAUCCAGUCGAGUUUGGGAGAGGAUUCCGCAGAGGGAGCAGACGUGACCACGCCCGUGCUGGCGGACAAAUCAACUGACAGAGAGAAGUUAAUGCGACGACUGAAUGCCAUCUACACCCACCGGGGCCAGAAGCCUAUCCGGAACUUCAAAUGCGACUUUGUCUCAGCAGAUCGCUUCACGUGUCUACUCGGCCACCUGAGAGAUACACAACGCGCCAGUGGAGGGUGUGUGCGUACGGAUGCGACUGUAGAUGGCAUGCAAGACUUCGGUACACAGCCCGUGGCUGUGCAAUUUGCACUCGUGUUCAAGGCUGCAGAGGAGGAGUUCGAGAUUCCACAGCUCCUAGACGCGGAGGAUAUGGCCGCCCGCGACUUCGGUGAGCUGAUAGUCAUGACGUACACUACGUACUUUCUGAAGGCACACCACCAGCUUUGCGGCACGCACGACAUCGUGUAUGCUUCUCCCAACACCUCCAGUGACGCUAUUGACCCCGUCGGAUCUGACAUGAAGAUUGCAGACGUGCUUGGUGAAAGAACUGAUCGGAGCCGUGUCCUGGCGCUUGAUGACCAAGACGCGGCGCUGGGAGAGGCCGUUGGGCAAUACACAGACCCUUGUGUAUCUGUUAUGUCCAUGGAGACGGUGCCUGAGACGACCGAAGCCAAAGUAUCGCACGAACAAGACCACGCAACACCAGCAACUCGGGUUCCGGUGCACACUGAUCCACUCGAGGAUGCGGGCGUAGACGCUGAGGAGUGUAUUCCAUGUGAACACGCGGACACCCGACUGCGGGUGUGUGCUGGCCAGCAGGCUGAUGAGGUCUGUGUGGGGCCGACCACAGUGCUCGAUGUGGUUCAGAGUGAAGUAACGAGUACUCCGAUCGUCGCUGGCCAGUCCGAUGGGCGGGAGUGUGAGAUGGAGGCAGACCCCGAGUUAGUGGGCGUGGCACAGGCGCAGAGCGAUGUAGCGGAGUGUGUAAUUGAGAUGAAGGAACCAGUGGAUAUCGAACCUCCUGUCUCGUUUGAGGAUAUGCACGCGGAGAGCAUCGCGUUGGAACAGAGCAUGGCCAUUCGCAUGUUCAGUGAACACGCACGUGAUGAAGCCACGGCUGUGUGGCAGGCCCUGCAGAUAGCUCCGUCGCGGACAGACGACAGCGAACCGCGUAUACAUAUACCUGAUGAUGGAGAAGUUCGGGGUGUGGAGCUUGAGCCAGUCGAUACGUUCAAGCCUGGCCAUACCGAAAAGGGAAGGGAUGCGAACGGAGAGAAAAACAGCCUUGCAUGGAUGAAAUGUGAUGUAGAUACGGCAGACGCAGUCGAAAGGCUUGUACUGGCUCCCAGCCUUGUGACCUCUGGAUGUGCUGACGAGGAGUCGGUUGUGUCGGAUUUAUCGGAUUGUGCGACUGUGUCUGAUUUUGGUAGCAGCAGCACCGCUUUGUUAGGGGAGAAGAGUGGCGACGGUGCGCAGCGACAGAAUACCGCACAGGCGCGUGGCCAGGCAUGUAGUGGUGCUAUAAAUAAAACCGAUGGUGGUGCUAUAAAUAGAACCGAAAGGAUGUCAGAGUGGGAGAAGAGUUUCGAAGAGAUACUGAGAUGGUUCUUCCUGUCUACGCUGGUGCAAGGGUCUUACCUUCGGGCUCGAUAGGCUUCAAUACUUGCCGCCUGUCUGCGCAAUGGUUGCCACAGUGCCCUGAUUGCCUGUUGUGGGUUGGAAGGGCUAAGCAGCGCGGACGUCGACAUAUCUGAUGGAUGGUCCACACCACCCAUCCCACAUAGUAUUCCACGAUUAAGCGCGAUGAUUAUGCAAUACUGCCCGUGUGGGAAACUAUUCGCACGACGACAGUUGGUACAAUAAACAAGGUGCAAGGUUUGGGACUGGAAACCACCUCUUUGGGUGGACUUGCAAUGCAUACGUUUUGUGCCAUACUCGGCUGGCCGUGUCGGAUACUUCAGUACACCGCAAUUGAUACCACCCUGCUACCGUGUCAGAGGACUAUCUGCCCCAGAAAUUUGUACGUCAACCAAAAAACGUAUUCAUGGUAGUGUCCAUUUGAAUCAGACCGGACUUUUUUCUUUUUUUUCUCUCUAUUACAAAGAGGAUAUAUACCUGUGACUGAAC